ACUAAAAGUUGUCAAAAUUCUGUGCUGCAAGGACAAAGCUGUGAUGACUACAUCAAAUGAUGACGAGUUGGCUGGAGAGAGCUUGGGUGAUAGCUUUUGGGAGCCAGGAAAUUACAAGCGGACUGUUAAAAGAGUUGAUGAUGGAUACAAGCUGUGCAAUGAACUGAUCUCCUGCUUUCAGGAGAGGGCAAAAAUAGAAAGAAGCUACUCCCAGCAGCUGACAGCGUGGUCUCAAAAGUGGAGGAGCACAAUUGAAAAAGGGCCACAGUAUGGCACACUGGAAAAGGCAUGGCAUGCUUUCAUGUUGGCAGCAGACCGGUUAAGUGAAAUUCACCAAGAGUUAAGGAACCAUUUGGUUAAUGACGACAGCGAGAACAUUCGGUCAUGGCAGAAGGAUGCCUAUCACAAACAGAUGAUUGGAGGGUUUCGUGAGACAAAAGAUGCAGAAGAUGGCUUCCGUAAAGCACAGAAACCCUGGGUUAAAAAAUUAAAAGAUGUAGAAGUUGCUAAGAAGAGUUACCACACAGCACGUAAGGAGGAAAGAACUGCACAGACACGGGAAAAUCAUGCAAAGGCAGAUUCCAGUGUGUCACAAGAACAGAUACGUAAACUGGAAGAAAGAGUGGAGAGAUGUACACAAGAAGCAGAGAAGACAAAAGAUCGGUAUGAGAAGGCCUUGGAAGAGCUGAACCGAUAUAACCCAAGGUACAUGGAGGACAUGGAACAAGUAUUUGAGACCUGCCAAGAGGCAGAACAGAAGAGACUCCAGUUCUUCAAGGGGGUUUUGCUAGACAUUCAUAAGCAUCUUGACCUCACUAGCCGUGAAGACUUCCGUACACUGUAUCGAGACCUUCUCCAAAGUAUCUCAACUGCCAAUGACCAAGAAGAUCUGAAGUGGUGGAAAAACACACACGGACCUGGAAUGGGAAUGAACUGGCCACACUUUGAGGAGUGGUCUCCUGAAGUGCAACACUCAAUUAGUCGAAAGGAGAGGAGCAACAGAAAUGAAGGUGUGACACUAACAAACAUUGCAGCAUCACAAGAUGGAGUUCCUCAGCCAACUCCUCCUCAGCAACAGUCAAGAUUCGAGGGACAUGAUGACAUUUCUUUAUAUGAAAGUGUGGCAGACAGUCAAGAUCAUAACAGAGGCAGAGACUACUCAUCCGACUGGUCAGAUGAUGAUAGCCCCAAGAAGUACAUCGCCACAAAUGGUCAUGAUGAAGAUGUAAAGGUACCCGGUGUGCGCGUCAGAGCAUUGUAUGAUUACACGGGUCAGGAGGCAGAUGAGCUGAGCUUUAAAGCAGGAGACAAAUUAAUGAAAAUUGGAGAGGAGGAUGAUCAAGGAUGGUGUAAAGGGCGACUCGAUGAUGGGCAGGUUGGACUUUAUCCUGCUAAUUAUGUUGAAGUUGUCGACUCAUGAUAAUUGAACCCUUUUCCAAUUCGGGAAGAUAGUUCCACUACCUUUGCUGAUGGACACUUUUAUCUGAGUGAUUGCCAGCAGUUUCACCUCCUUUGGACAGAACAUUGACCUUUUUCUUUAAAUUUAUAUAUGUCUUUAUGUAUAAUGUAAGAUUAUGUAUCUUAAUCUGUAUUUUAAUUUCUGGAGUCUUUAGACUGGUUGAUGCUUGGAAAAGUGCAGACUAAACCUAUAACACAAACUAACUUGCUCUCCAGCUUGGGUAGCUGUAGAACUUGUUUCCGUUUUUACUGCGAUUGCUGUCAUUUUCCUGUAUGAAAAGCUUAGAAACAGGUUUAAUUUUUUAGUACAUGCAUUAGGUACAUGCUGGCUAUUAAAAAAAAAAAAUUCAAAACUGCUAAGAUUCCAUUUUGAACAGUUUUGUACUGAUGCUAAGAUUCAACGGGUCAUUUUCUGGGGGGGUGGGAAUGGACAGCAGAGAUUGUGCUGCAACUCUGAAGAUUCCAGUCUGAUAUGAAACGAAUUCACUUUACAGCUUCAGUGGAAAUUGUUUGACUGCAGAUGCCUUCUAUUCUGAAAGUGUACAAUAUGCUCAUCCUGAUUAAUUUGCUAAGUAUUUGGCUUUAUCAGUCCAAGUCUGCUGCUAAUUAUUUUAUCCCAUAAAAGAAGCAUGUUGUCACUUUGUGGCAACAACGGGACAUUGUUGAGGAAAACACUAUAGCAAGACGUGUUGCUUUUGGAGAAAUCACAGUGGGAAAAUUAGUUUCCAUCACUGCAUUUCUCAGGAUUCUACAGGAUGACAGCUGUACUCUUCUACCUGCAGCUCAAGAUGAGUGUGCACGUUUAGCGGCCAUGCAAGCAGAAACUACAUGCAUGGUUUAAAUGCCCUUUUGUUGAUACUGAGAUGAAUCAUUGCAUGUAGCUGUGUUUUUGUGUAGUAAGAUAGAAUGAAGUGGAUUGAAAUGGAUUGUCAUAAUUAAGGACUCUGUGAAGUUUGCCUGGUUGCUAGUAGAAGGGAUGGAGGAAGCCGAUUGUAGAGGGACAUUCUGAGACCCUGAAUGUUUUCCCACCAACUUCUUGCCUAAGUAGUAGGUUGAAAUCAUUGUGCAUUUUACUUGAGCAAACUGCUUCAACGUACUGAGUAAGCUUUAUAUUCCACCAUUGUUAUUUCCAGCAGUACCACAUGUUGUGACAGUGGCUGAAUCAUAAACUAGAGAGUCUGAGGUUUGAAAUCCAUGAGCACUUAUCUUUUUUAUGACUAACCUUUCACUUGUCUGUUAAUUCCUUAAGUGAUUCAUUUCAUAAUUGUUGGGCAAGUACUCCAUUAGUUUAACCCAGAUGAUGUGAUUCACACACUAUUGCUAGAAGGUGUAGCAUUUCAAAUGAAAGAAAAAUAAAACUGUCAAAACAGCUGCUUAGCAGAACUAAAAAAAAAAAAAACUUCCACGAAAUGCCAUACCAGUGACCAUUUAUUGACAAACAGUUGCUGAGAAAUAUUUUUGUGGAAGUGGUUUCUUAAUCUAACUGUUUCAAAUUGGGAAGAAGUGAAACAUUGCAAGCAUUUUGGAAGUCAGGUAGUGCAUGACUUUCACAUGUUCCACCAUUGCAAAGCACUGCGGAGUUGGGAGACGAGCUUUUUGAUGGAGGGUUAAAGCCCUCUGUUGUACAGUGUUUCAGAUUCAUUGUUCUACACUAUCAGAUUAAGCAUUUUAGGAGAAGAGAAGCAUAUCCCAUCAUUUUUCUUGGCUUACUGUGUAGUACUGCCCAUACCUAGUAGUGAUGUUAACUGAAGCCUGCAGAUAGAGGGUUUGUGGCAGGUGGUGACUGCACAUCAUUUGUCACCAGCGCUAAGUUUUGAUGGGUUUGUGGCAGGUGAUGCUUGCAUAUCAUUAGUCACCAGCAUUAAGUUUUUAUGGGUUUGCGGAAGGUGAUGCUUGCACAUCAUUUGUCACCAUCACCAAGUUUUGAUGGAUUGUGGCAGAUAACACUUGCACAUCAUUUGUCACCAGUACUAAGUUUUGAUCUGUUUGGCUCGUGAUUUACAUUGCACGAUACGUCAGCUUGACAUGUGUAAACUGCAGUUUUAUUCAGUAAUAUUUGUUACACACAUAUUCGGACUGAAGGGCAGCCAUUUCAUAUGUUUUAUAAUAUUCUAUGCAUGACUGAGAAGCCUGCAGUUAGCCUCAAAGUAUUCUUUGUUUGUUUUUUUCUCCGAGUAUAUCCCAUGUUCCAAUUGAUUGCACAUAAUCUGUUUGCUAGAGUGCUUCUUUAAAUUAAAAAAAAUUGAAAUAAUAUUAAUCUGCUUUACUGGGACUGUCCAGGGUGCUUUGCCCCUUUUAUUCCUCUUAUUUAUAAGCAAGGGAGUGGCAACUUCCCCAUCUAUUAAUGGAAGUAUGGUUCACUUGCUUGUCCAUCACUGGAUAAUUUGCCUUUCUGCAGUCAUGUGUUUGUGACUCAGCAUGAAAGUUCAUCUGCUGGAUUUCAGUCCUUCAGCUUUCACCUUCAUCCACUCAUCCCUUUGGAAGAUUGACAUGACUUAAAUGUCUGGUAUCCAUCCGUUGUUUAGGCGCUGUUUUAAUGUGUGAUGAUGCUGUGAAUUAAAUCCACUGAAAGCCACUUUAAUACCAGUGGAAUUUGCCCUUGACCCAACUGUUAUGCAAGCAUGGAGUUGGUGUAUAUUUUAGAGUAUGGGAUAGAGUACAUAGGGUUUUCCCCUUGCAGAAGUCAUCUGUGGUUCACUGAAAGUGGUUUCCUGGCAUGACAGUUCUUUUGGUGGAUGAUUCUGCCUGUCUAGAAUCUUCUGUCUGUACCUCUUGUAUACUAAUCAGAGGCUCUAAGUAAUUUGAGUUUUGUACUACCGGUCCAUCUAAAAGCAGCGAGUGAAGUCUGCAGUCUUCAAGCUAUAGUGAUUUUGACACUUUUCCUCUUCCAAAAGUAAGAGCUUGCAACUUUGUAUAGUUUUUGGCAAUGACUACAUUACAGCACCGGCUACUAAGGCAGAUGCAUGUGUGAUUUCUUAGUCAGAUUUGAACUAGUAAACUAGCAGAGAUGAAAAUAUUUUAUCCCUGUUUCCAAAGUGUACAUUAAAGUAUCUUCAGUCUGCUGGAAACCAUCUUUCAGCUAACUUAGCCACUAACAUUUUAUGUUCCUGACUUUGUGGGUGGUCUACAAGUCCCUGAUGUUUUUUUCAUUCUUUUUGUAUAUAUAAUAUACAUUUUAUCUUUGAUAUAUUUGCUUUUAUAUAACUGCUGUGGAAAUUACUAUUGCUGACAAGUUAGUGUUUUUUUCAACCAGGAAAAAUAAGUGAAGUUUUAAGCUGCUUAUCAGACUGAGACAGGAGCUGCAUGUUCCAUAGCCAUUAGAUUUUCCAUCUGCUGUGUGGGCUGUCAGAAAAGCCACAUUAAAACCUGGGAAUAUGCAGCUUAUAGAUGGUAUUCUAGUUUGUAAAGUAAAUGGUAGCUUUAAGUACACAAUUGUGUGUGUGUGUGUGUGUGUGUGUAUGUAUAUAUAUAUAUAUAUAUAUAUAUAUAUAUAUAUAUAUAUAUAUAUAUAUAUAUAUACAUACAUACAUACAAAGAGAGAGAGAGAUUGCCCUCUAUACUGCUCAUUUCAGUCAUAGGGUUACUAAUGCAUUUUAAGGUAUUAGCAGAGUUAUGUACAUACAAAAAAAUCAUAAAAUCAGUACUGCAUGAUCAAAGACUUGAUAUCUUUUUUUUGUACAAAGUAUUUUUCAGAUUGCACAUUGCAUUUUAAAUGAAGAUUGGUUUUGAAUAUUAUUAAAACUAUAAUAAAAAUCUGUGUACACAACAAAA